GCGAGUCCGGCGAAUCAAUCCAACUCGAUCGCCGAUCGUAGGGGUGCCAGGGGUGUUCAGGUUCACGUUUAGAUUAGAACAGGUACGGCGCGAGAAUACACGUGUUGGUUUGCCGAUGGUGGUCAAACGAGGCUGAGGCAGACUCAGACUGGUAGAGAGUAUUGUGGAAGGAUGGCGACAACAAUGCAGGAGGAGGAGUAUAGGCUCCGCACCGGGACCGACAGCUUCCCGAGCAUCAAUGAGAGGCCGGUCGACGAUAUCUCCCUCGAGUUCUUCUAUAAACCGCAUACAAUCACCUUACUACUCAUCUCCAUUGGAGCAGUUAUAUACUCUGCGUUUACCAGAAAUACCACCAAUGUGGAAGACAAUAUGUGGGCAGGCAUAUUGUGUGUCAUUUUCUUCUUCCUCAUCAUAUCUGUCCUGACAUUCCCCAAUGGUCCAUUCACCAGACCUCAUCCUGUGGUAUGGCGGAUAGUAUUCGGCUGCAGCAUACUUUACUUGAUGGGUCUACUGUUUUUAUUAUUUCAAAACUACAAGACAGUCAGAAGGAUCUUAGUAUGGGCAGAUCCAGGAUUAGCUUCCUUCCAUAUUGACAUGGACAAGGAGUAUGGUGUCAAUUGUUCAGAUGUCACAGUGGAAAGAAUCUGGAACCACCUAGACAUAUUUGCGCUGGCGCACUUUCUUGGCUGGGCCUUCAAAGCCGUCCUAAUUCGUCAUCUUGGUAUCCUUUGGGCCAUCAGUGUCAUGUGGGAGGUGACAGAGAUUGCCUUUGCUCAUUUAUUGCCAAACUUUAUCGAAUGCUGGUGGGAUGCCUUGAUUCUUGACGUUUUAGUAUGCAAUGGAUUGGGUAUCUGGGUCGGCCUGAAAAUUUGCUCCAUAUUGGAGAUGAGGGAAUACAAGUGGGUCAGUAUUCGUGACAUUGAGAGCACCACUGGGAAGCUGAAGAGAGCAAUGUUGCAGUUUACUCCUGGCAGUUGGACAUCUGUUAGAUGGCUUGAUCCAACUUGUACACAUAUGCGAUUGGUCGCUUUAAGCCAGCUAGUGAUAUUCUGGCAAGUUUCCGAGCUGAAUACGUUCUUUUUAAAACACGUCUAUGAAUUUCCUCCAUCCCAUCCGUUCGUUGUAACGAGAUUAGUAUUGGUCGGCGUUAUAGUCGCACCAUCCGUUAGACAGUAUUAUAUGUACGUAACUGAUCCAACGUGUAGUCGAGUGGGAACUCAGUGUUGGGUCUAUGGGGCAAUUAUGGUGACAGAAGCUUUACUGUGCAUACGCCAUGGUGCAGCUUUGUUCGAACGCACUCAAGCUCUCAAUAUCCUCCUUUGGCUACUGUGCCAAUCUCUAGUCUCCGUUCUAUGCGUCUAUGGCUGUGUUUUGUGGCAUCAGUACUUUGAGACGGGAAAGAAAGUCACUAUAAGACGGUCAGUCUCCCAUCUAAGCAAGUUUGACACGGAUGUAAGCGGGAACAUGGCUCGUCGUACAAAAUCUGUGGAGGAAUUGGACAAGAAGAAACUAUAAGACGAAUAGUGAACAAAACCACUUGAUGGCGAACUGAGGACACUAAUUACACUUUCUAGUCGAAUAGGACAAUGGCAUGUAAGAGGAUGAAUGAUUAAUGUGACGAUUCUUUGUGAUAUGAGUGGUCUUCAAAUCUGUUAUGCCGUAAUCACACUACAGGUUGCUGAUUACGGUUGUCGAUUGCUGGUUGUCGAUUCAAUUUUGCCAAUCAUUGUAGUUAAUCCACAUUCACUACAUUAUAAU